UCUUCUUCAUUUUUGGCUUUUGAUUUUGUUGAGACAGGAUUUCUCUGUGUAGCUCUGGCUAUCCUGGAACUCACUCUGUUGACCAGGCUGUCCUCAAACUCACAGGGAUCUGCUUGCCUCUGCCUCCUGAGUGCUAGGAUUAAUAGUGUGCACCACCACUGCCUGACUAGAUUCUCUUCUUGGUUGGGAGGUUGAGGUUUUCCUUGGCUUGGCCCUGGAGACUUCUUGGUAAGAGAGCGGAGCAAACUAAGUGCCAGGUUCAGGAAUCUGUGCAAUGAUGUAGUUCCCACUGGUCACUGUUGCUCUGGGAAGUGGAGUUUGGUCUCUUACCUGUUUCCACUCAGAGUGUCAGGUGGACUUUAGCCGAGAACUGGGAGGGUGCCUCAGCGAGAUGGGGCAGGUCCUGGCCUUCGCCGGGAGAUUGUCUGGCAUGGAGACGCUGCUACCCUAGGCCUUUCCUCGGUACUUGGAACAGAGACGGAACAUCUGACAAUCCCAAGAAGAUCCGUUACCUUAUUCUACCUGGUGGUCCAGCAAGGAGCUCCUUACAUAAACUGUGUCUCCAGGAGCUCUUGGCUAGAGGAAGUGGAGGGGCUGUGGGAUGUGGAGAGCCGAAAGCUAACUCCAGGACAGCAGAACAGAGAGAGCUGCCAACGAACAGACGGUAGACAAGCCUGCACUUUCCAGAAUGACCAGUGCUGCCCCUGCUAAGAAACCUUACCGGAAGGCACCUCCAGAGCACCGAGAGCUGCGCCUGGAAAUCCCUGUGUCCCAGGUCGAGCAAGAGGAGGCCCUGACUGACGCAGAGAGGAUGAAACUUUUGCAGCAGGAAAAUGAAGAGCUUCGUCGGCGCUUGGCCUCGGCCACCAGACGCACCGAGGCCUUGGAGCGGGAGCUGGAAAUAGGGCAAGACUGCCUGGAACUGGAGUUAGGCCAGAGCCGCGAGGAACUGGACAAGUUUAAAGACAAAUUCCGCAGGUUGCAGAACAGCUACACAGCUUCCCAGCGGACUAACCAGGAGCUGGAGGACAAGCUGCAUACGCUGAUCAAGAAGGCUGAGAUGGAUAGAAAGACGCUGGACUGGGAGAUUGUGGAGCUUACUAACAAGCUACUGGAUGCCAAGAAUACCAUCAAUAAGCUGGAAGAGCUCAAUGAGCGAUACCGGCUGGACUGCAACUUGGCUGUGCAGCUUCUCAAGUGCAACAAAUCCCACUUCCGGAACCACAAGUUUGCUGAUCUGCCCUGUGAGCUGCAGGACAUGGUUAGGAAACAUCUGCGGAGUGGUCAAGAGGCUGCCAGCCCCAGCCCUUCUUCCAGCCUGGCCGCAGGGGCUGUGGUGCCUACGUCAGUCAUUGCCCGGGUCUUGGAGAAACCGGAGUCUCUCCUGCUCAAUUCAGCCCAGUCAGGCAGUGCUGGACGCCCCUUGGCUGAGGAUGUCUUUGUGCAUGUGGACAUGAGUGGGGAUGCGCCAGGUGACUCAGCCCCUGGCAGUCGCUCUCCACAACCCAAUGGGGAAUGCUGCUCUGUGAGCACUGCAGGAGGCUCCCCAGAGGAGGAGCUGCCCCUGCCAGCCUUUGAGAAGUUGAGUCCCUACCCUACCCCUUCUCCGCCACACCCAUUGUAUCCUGGGCGGAAGGUAAUAGAGUUUUCUGAGGAUAAGAUUCGGAUUCCACGCAACAGCCCCCUCCCCAACUGUACUUAUGCCACGCGACAGGCCAUCUCCCUGAGCCUGGUGGAGGAGGGGAGUGAGCGGGUCCACCGCAGCCCCGUGCCUAGCAGUCCUGCCUCAGUCCAAGGCUCACCCCAUCACCAGCCUAGUCCAGCCCCCUCAGCACUCAGUGCCCCAGCCAGCUCAGCCAGCUCUGAAGAGGAUCUGCUGGCCAGCUGGCAGCGUGCAUUUGUGGACCGCACCCCGCCUCCUGCCGCUGUGGCCCAGCGCACAGCCUUCGGACGUGACGCACUCCCUGAACUACAGCUUCAUUUCUCCCCGAGCCACGCUGAGGCCCCACAAACCUCUCCACGCAAUGAGAGUGGACUUUUGCUACCAACACAGCCUGACUCUGCCUUUCCCAGGGAAGAGGAAGAGGAAGUGCUGAACCUGCCUGUCAGCCCCGAGGAAGAGCGCCAGAGCCUGUUGCCUGGUAAUGAGGGCACAGGGGAAGGACCUAGUACUUCCCACAUUGAUGGCAGGGCCUGGCCACUCCCCAGUUCCAGCCGCCCCCAGCGCAGCCCCAAGAGAAUGGGAGUUCACCACUUGCACCGCAAGGACAGCCUAACGCAGGCCCAGGAACAGGGCACCCUGCUCAGCUAAGCCCACUUGCCUUCCUGCCACCACCCCUCAGGGCUACAGACGGCUUCUGAACCCUUUCCUCAGACCUGGGUAGCUGUGUCCUAUGUGAGUGAGGCCCACACCAAAUCUUGCACCUGCGUCGGCACUGACUGGUACCAGCUCGCCUCCUGAUUUUUUCCUUUCCUCUUGGGGUGCUUGUUCUCCAAGGGUAGUGAGAGUCCUGAGCUCUUCCCGCCAUUCAGUCUGCCCAGGUGUUUCCAUGGGGAAGCACCCAGCUUGCCAGUGUUCAUUUUCCAUUCCUCUUUCGUAUCCAAGAGCUUUGGUUGUUAGGGGAGUGUCUCACUGAAGCUACUGACCUCUGAUUACUCUUUCCGCUGCAUGAGCUGCUCUUAGGCGUGGCCCAGCUGGCCCUAGGGACAAGGGUGGACUCACUCAGGGCUCCCCUCUGCUGUUCCCACGAUCCCUUCCAGAGAGAGGGUGGGACUUUAGGGGCCACAAGCUAGGCUCCAGGUGAGGCCUGGCUCCUCUUAACCUUGGCUCUAGACUGUUACUCUGAGAUUUGGAAAAUUUUUCACAUUAAUGACUUUUAAAAUCAAAUAAAACUUAUUUUACAGGUAUA